AUGCCAGGGCCAGUGAUGCCAGGGGCUGUGGUUCCGGGCGCUGUGCCGCCACUCCCACCAUUCGUUGUGCCGCCGGCGCAGUUGCUUAGGGAGCCCACAAUGCCAGGGCCAGUGAUGCCAGGGGCUGUGGUUCCGGGCGCUGUGCCGCCACUGAGUCUGCAGAUUGGCUCGUCGGCCGCCAUGGCGUGCCAGCAGUACCAUGGGGAGGCGAGGCCAAUCAGACAACAGAAGAAGCGAAAGGCGGAGGAGAUGGACAGCGUGGCUGGCAGCGCGGGCGCUUCAGCGGCUCCGACGGCUUCUGCGUCGCCAGCCGCUUCGCCAGGCGUGUGGACGGAGCCCACGCCGUCUCCCGCCCCUUCGCCCGCGCCGCUGUCUGCGCUGAAUCCACCUGAGAUGGUCUCAGCACCGCCCAAGGCUUCUGGAGGCGACACCGGCAGCGAGGGUGGAGAUCAGGCCGCUGUCACCAUCGCUGUCGCUGCCUUCGACGAGUCGUCAGCCAUGGAGCAAGAGCUCUUUGCAGGCUGGCAGCUCACGCAGAUCUGCACCGUGCACCAGCAGCGCCUUCAGGCAGGCGAGGACCUGCGGAACCACCACGCGAUGGAGACACUUGCGGAGGCAUCUGAGGCGAUGUCUCCUACGAUUGGACCUGCGCUCGGCCCGGCCGACGCGCCUUCUCCUCCUCUUUCCAAUCCGCCGUCGCCACCUGCACCCCAAGUGAGGCUGGCCUCGCUCGAGGUUGGUCAGGCUAUCUUUUGGCCAUUGGCCAUCGCCGUUGUUAUUGUGGCGAUGGCGAUGUACGGCAUAAAAGUGUGGCUUGCAGAGGCUGGCCAUGUCGGAGCGGUGCCAUCCUGCGAGGCACUGACUUCGUCGGGCAUCGGGGCGGCGGCAGACGAGGCCAAAGCCAUGUCGGCGCUGGAAAGAACUGUGAUCGUGGUGCGCGGGCUCCUCAUCGUGUUCGCGGCUCUGAAACUCACCGGCAGGGACCGCGUUGCUUCGAUGACGCUCAUGUUGGAGAUGCUCGCCAACGUGUGGAAGGCCAACGUCUUGGGACAGCUCGGCUUUGGGUCCAUCAUCGGCUACGAUCCCAUGCCGCGUGCCCGCCUCCUCGGCCUGCUUGCCGCCACGUUCCUCCUCAAGGCCGUCAGGUAUGGCCUCGUCUAUGGCAAGACGGGCGACGUCGCCGCGCUUGCCUCUCGGCUGCAGAUCGAGGUCCUCCCGAUGCUGCUCGGCAUGCUCGUUGCAAACUGUGAGCGGCGUUGGAGCUGGUGUUGGGCCGCGUUCAGGCGUUCGGGCUUCCUUGAGGCGUUCGAGCUGCCCGGCCCGCACCUCUUCACGAUGAUGAUGCGGCGGCAGCGGCGGCGGCGUCAGCUAGCUGCCGUCUGA